AAUCCAACAUUUUGGCUAUCCUCCUUUUUGCAUCUUUUCAACUUUCUUUCUUUCUCUUUCUACCUCCUCUGCUUAGUCCAUGAUCAACAUUAACAAAGUUCGCCGAUUUACUAUUCCAACAAACUAGACAUAAGUUAAUAUUUUUUGUGUUGUUUCCAACUUCGCUCAAACUAUUUUGACUCAGUUCUGAAUAUUGAUUUGCAUCCUAAUUACAAUGAAAAUUGAAAUGUUAACCUUGAUACUAUUGUGCUUGUCUAUUGCAGCCCGUGAGACAUUGAGUUUGAAUGACAACAUUUAUGAAUGGGCACAAAGAUCUGGUGAAUAUUCAAAGUGGAUAAAACAAGUUGAUAAAUCUGAUGAAAAUUACAAGCUAUUCCUACAGAAUUCUGUACUUAGAGUGACUGCUUUUAUACCCACAGACGAGGCUUUCAGGAAAUUUUCUGAGCCAUCUUAUGACAUCAUUGGUUUCCACUUGGUGUAUGGUUCACUCGACUUAGAUACCCUUCUGCAGAUAAAAAUCAAGAACCCCAUAAGUGUUAAAAGAUCUAAGUUACGAUUCAGUAGGGGCUUUGACGGAAGCAGCAACCGAAGCGCUGUUUUCGUUUUGGAUGCUCGAAUUCUUGAAAGUCAGCAAGUUGGCAACUCAAUGGUAAACAUUAUUGAUCGUGUUUUGGAUCUUCCAAAAUCUAGAGAAUCAUUUGCUCCUAAUGCUUUAGAAUUGAUCAAAAAUCCAAACAUCUAUCCUUCUGUAUCUGUUGCAAGUGGCGUGGGUACUUUCUCAGAUUUUAUCGAGAGGCAAAAUGUUACUUUCCAAUUCUCAAAUUGCACUGAAUGUACCUUUUUCGUACCAGAAAAUAUUGAUAGUGAAACGGCAGCAAAAAUAGAUGCGAAUGUUUUGCUCGGUCACAUUAUUCCAAAUCAAAUACUUUUCCUCCGAUCUAUGAAUAAUUCAACUCCCUACAAAACUAAAGCAGACUUGAGUAACUUAACUGUCGAGCUUUACAAGGAAGAAAGAUCAGAAUCUGACUCAAUGCAAUCUUUAAUUUAUUUCAAUACCAAGGACUCCAUCAGCACUCAUUUCGGUAACACUAGAGUCAAAAUUACAAGAGCAAAUAUUCCUGUCAACAAUGGAGUGAUCCAUAUCAUCGAAAAGCCAUUACUCAUUACUGAUGUGUCUAUUUUGAAUUACCUCGAUAAAGAAAGUGAAGCCAAUGAAGCCCAUGAAUCAGUAAAUGUACCGCAGGGAGAUGCGAAAUUACAUUUUAUCGAGAAUAAAUUGGUCAACUUCGAAAAUGAUAACAUUGAGGAGACUACUUCUUUUGCACCAAUAAAAGGUUCGAACUUUUCUGUUGAUGAACUUCAUAUUGAAGGUGAUGGAGUUAAAGGUUCUAUAGUCAAAUCAGAAGGCGGAUGUAUCAACAUAUUUCGUCCUUUCUUUGAUGUAGUUCCAGCUAUUCCUAACGUAACAAUAAAAGAUGUUUUACACUUCGAUCCUGCAUUUAAAACAACUUUCGCUGUUGCUGAAAAAAUUGGCUCUGGUUGGCUGAAUGAAUUAGGUAACAAAAAUGUUUGUUACACCUUUUUUGCACCGUCGGAAGUUGCUUGGAAAAAACUUUUUGAUGAAAAUCCAUCUGCAUACAAAGUUAUAGUCGAUGGGCUGAAUCCAGAAGGGUCUAAGGAUCUUUUAGAGCGUUUUUUGGUCAUAGAUGGAGUUUUUUCUCUGGAUUUUUUGAGUCAGUUUGAGAUUGUUGAUACAAUUAAUACACAAAUGGUCAUUCAAACCAAGAUCACAGAAGGAAAAAAACAAUUAACUUUGGUACAUGCUUAUAAUCGUUCAUCCACCAUUGUUCGUCCGGACAUUUUUACAAAUAAUGGAUAUAUCCAUGAAAUAGACACAAUCUUUAUGGCAUAUAUUGACCUUAUGCCAGAGUUAAAAGGAUCAGCACAGAAUUAAUUUUUCAACUGCUGCCUUUAUUUCAAAUUGUUGAAAUUUAAAGGAUGAUUACCAAAAACCUUGACAUUCGAGUUGCUGAUUUACAACAAAUUGUAAAAGUGUUCCUGUGUCGAUGUGUAACGAAAAAUUUUUUGUCUCGAAAAAUAAGAAAAUAUAAUUAGGAUAUAAAAGGUUGAGCGCGAUGUUGAAUCAAUAGUUAUCAACAAAAACCACUUGAUAAACAAUUCAAGGUUUGAUAUUAGUUACGAUCUAACGCGAAAGAUGGCAUGAUGUUGCCUUGUAAAAUCAAUGAUUAAAAUUUAAAUUGCUGUCAUUAAGGUUAAUUUGUUCACUAAUAUAAAUGUCAACUAAACGGCAGUUUAGCAAGCUUAUCAGGUGAAACAAUUA